CUCCAAUCUCUCAAUUUCCAGUCCAUAACCCCCGCCCUGGCCAUAAUUCAAGUAGUGAGUGGUAGUCAGUCUUCUGUAGCCUAGCUAGCUAGCUUAAAUCCUCUGCUCCGUGUGGGGAAUAUAAUGUCAUCCUCUGCAAAACACUUGUCGUCUUCGGCCUUCUGGUGGAGCAGCAGUAAACAUCAUCAGAUACUACACCAUGAGGAGGAGCUGGAGCAGGACACAGUGGAAUGCUCCUCCUCCUCCAAGCAGCUUUCCGAUAACUGCGGUGUCGUCCCCAAGGACCACUUGUUCGAGAAGCCUUUGACUCCCAGCGACGUCGGAAAGCUCAACCGCUUGGUCAUCCCCAAACAGAACGCCGAAAAAUACUUCCCCUUGACCGGCAAAGAUUCCUCCACCGCCGCCGCCGAUAAAGGCUUGUUGCUCACCUUUGAGGACGACUCCGGCAAGCUCUGGCGUUUCAGGUACUCAUACUGGAACAGUAGUCAAAGCUACGUGCUGACGAAAGGGUGGAGCAGGUUCGUGAAGGAGAAGCGGCUGGACGCCGGAGACGUGGUGCUGUUCUUGCGCCACCGUCUUGACGGCGACCGGUUCUUUAUCGGGUGGAGGAGGAGAAGCGGAAGUGCCGGUGCUACGGCAGCUGCUGCAGGUGUUAAGGAACAAGGGAUGGGUACAGUUGUCGGAGGUGGGUGGGGCCAAGGUUACUAUCCUUAUCAGCUGCCGGCAGAUCUUCCAUACCACCCGGACUACUUUCAUCAUGUCGCUGCAGGGUCAUCAUCUACUACAGAAUGCCAAACACCAUCAAGUGGGAACUCAAAGACGCUAAGGUUGUUUGGGGUCAACAUGGAGUGCGGCCAAGCUGCUGAGUCGGUCACGCCAGAUGGUUCGACCACGGCUCAGACCGGCCAUCACUACUUAUACCAAUAUUAUUCCAACCCUAUUGCUUCCUACAACAACCACUACACUCACAUGCAGCAGGAUUUGGGUUACUCAAGAGAUAUCAAUCUGAUGAGAUAUCACCAGGGAUAAGAUAUAUAUGUGGAGAAGACUGACUAUGCAGAAUAUAUAUGGGCCACGUGCAAAGUCAAAAUAAAAUAAAAUAAAACAAUUCAGUGGAGUGGAGGGAAUCCAGGAUUUUGUGGCAAUUAAUUGUCUUUCUAAAAAGGGGUAGGUUCAUACAAGGGCUUAUCAAACAAACCCUUUCCAAGUCCAGGGGGAUGGGAAAGAGCCCACAUCAGAAGCCCGCGGGGAAAUGAAAGAGAGACAAUAGCUGCUUCUUGGUGGGGGUGGGGGUGGGGUUAGAGGGCCCACAAUGUAUGUCAUCAAGGGGAGAAUCUGGGUCACUGCCACCGAUAAUUUGUAUUGUGCUGCUGCUACAACACAUGAUGGAGGAAGAAAAAUGUCUUUUUGUUGUCUACAGUUGAGAAGUCAAGUGGACUCCAUUGAAACUCUGCCUCAACUAACCCCUUGUGUUUCACUUCCCGAUCUUUUUUCCAUUAUGCUUAAGCACUUAAGCUACAAUGUCACAGGCUUAGGUUCCUUUGUUCAAGUCUUUGUACAUAUAUUCCCUUUCUGUUAAAAAACACAAAGUGUAAGUUUCUAAUGAGUAUUGGAUAUUGCUUUAGACAUUCAAAAUGUUGUAUUUACCGAUGGAAAUCAAUAGAUUCAUAUAUAAUCA